UUAACUAGGUUCACUGUGGUUUGAAAGUCAUAAGGUGUGUUGUAUUUGGUGUGUAAAACAGGUAAUUAACGAAACUAUCAGCAAAUAUGGGCAAAGAAAGGAUCCAUAUCAACCUGGUCAUUAUUGGCCAUGUAGACAGUGGCAAAUCCACAACCACUGGUCACCUGGUCUACAAAUGUGGAGGAAUUGACCAUAGAACAAUUGAGAAAUAUGAGAAGGCUGCAACCCAGAUGGGAAAGAGUUCCUUCAAGUAUGCCUGGGUUCUGGACAAACUGAAAGCAGAGAGGGAACGUGGCAUUACAAUUGAUAUUUCCCUGCUGAAAUUCAAUACUCAGAAAUACACCUUUACUAUAAUUGAUGCACCUGGUCAUCGUGACUUCAUUAAGAACAUGAUCACAGGGACUUCUCAGGCUGAUGCUGCUCUACUAAUUGUCUCCGCUGCAAAGGGUGAAUUUGAGGCAGGGAUUUCUCGCAAUGGUCAGACAAGAGAGCAUGCUUUGCUGGCUUACACCCUUGGGGUCAAACAGCUCAUGGUCUGUGUCAAUAAAAUGGACCUCACUGAGCCGCCAUUCAGCCAGAAACGUUAUGAUGAGGUGGUGAAGAAUGUUUCUGUGUUCAUCAAGAAGAUUGGCUUUGAGAUUGGUGCUGUACCUUUCAUACCAGUUUCGGGUUGGAAUGGUGAGAACAUGAUUGCCCCAUCCCAGAAGAUGCAGUGGUUCAAAGGGUGGAAGCUCAAGAGGAAAGAAGGCCACUCAAAUGGCCGAACUUUGUUGGAGGUGCUUGAUUCCCUACUUCCUCCAGUGCGCAAUGCGAGCAAACCACUGCGCCUUCCCCUACAAGAUGUCUACAAGAUUGGUGGUGUUGGCACAGUCCCUGUGGGUAAGAUUGAGACCGGUGUCUUAAAGCCUGGAAUGGUUCUGACCUUCUCCCCAGCAAAGUUGACUGCUGAGGUCAAGUCAAUUGAGAUGCAUCACCAGGGGCUUCAGACUGCCCUCCCUGGCCACAAUGUGGGCUUCAACAUUAAAAAUGUAUCUGUAAAGAACCUUCGGAGAGGUGAUGUGGCAGGUAACGCACAGCAGGACCCACCAUCCGAUGUCAGCAGUUUUAUUGCUCAGAUCAUAAUGCUGAAUCACCCAGGCAAAAUCAAGGUUGGCUACUCCCCUGUACUAGAUUGCCACACAACUCAUGUUUCCUGUCGUUUUGCUGAGCUGAGGGAGAAGCUUGAUCGGCGCUCUCCCCUCUCGUCAGGUCGAUUUGCUGUAAGGGACUUAAAACAGACAGUUGCUGUUGGAGUCAUCAAGUCUGUGGAGAAGGUGGACCAAGCUAAAAAGACAACACAGAAACCUGCUGUAUCAAAAUGAGUUGCUCAUUUGUCCCUUUUUUAUAAUACUUUAUCUACCAGCAGUCUGGUAUGUGAACCAAAAGGUUCUCUUUAAGUUGAGCAUUUUUGUAUAGUUUUAUGGAACCACACUUUAUUUUGCCUUAAAGUGAAGCCGCUUUUAAAUGCGUUGCUGGUGUAUUGGGUUGUUUGAACUGACUCUGGGGCCCAAUCUGAGGUUUGGCAUGACUGUAGAGAAGCAUUGAGUUGUAUGUUGCUGGACUGCAAAUAAAUUUCAGUUUUCACUCGA